GAUCUCUAUGUGAUUGUAGAGGCAUAGGUAGGUGACAUCCGUGUCGUCACACAGAACGUUCAGGCCACAGAGUGAUAUAUAAGAGUCCUGCUUGACCUUCCAUUAUCUGAAUUAUCACAACACUCUUCAUCAUACAUCAACACACAACCCCAUAAUCAUCAAGAUGAAGUCCUCAAUUAUCAUCUCAUCUCUGGCACUUGCCCUUCCUGCCUUCGCUGCCCCUGUCACCACAUCGGCAACCCCCAUUGCUACUCCUCAGAACCAAUGCCAGGUCGACUACAACAACUGCCUCGCCGUUGGCACCCCUGAGGUCAUGUGCUCCUGCGACAUGACUGCCUGUCUUGGUGAGGACGCCGCCCGCAUUCGUGAGUGGUGUGCCAGCAAAACUUCUGGCCUUACCAGCGGUACCGCUACUGCCACUGCCACUGCCACUGCCACCCCCAGUGCCACUGCUUCUGGCUGUGUGGCAAAGGACAAUGCUUGCAGAGCCAGCGACCCCGUUACUGGUCUUUCCGCAAACCAAGCACAGUGCUCUGCCGACAACGCUGCUUGCCAGGGUACUUGCUACGAUGCAUACAACACUUGCAGAACUUCUCGCCCUAACGGUCUCUCUGCCAACAUGGCUCAAUGUGCUUCCGAUUACGCUGGAUGUCUUGGUCAAAAUCCCUUUUCUGAGGAUGGUAGCUUGACCAUCAAGCCUUCUAUUGUCGCCCGUGCUUUCGCUACCCCUGCUCCUUCCAACUGUGUCACUAAGGACAACGCUUGUAGAGCCAGCGAUCCCGUCACUGGUCUUUCCGCAAAUCAAGCAUUCUGCUCGUCUGAGGACGCCGCUUGCAAGGGGGCUUGCGAGGAAUCCUACAACGCUUGCCGUGUUGCUCCUGAUGCGAACAUGUCUUACUGCGCUUCCCUAUACGCUGGCUGUCUCGGCACCAACCCCUUCGAGAAGCGCGCAGCCCCCACCAGUGCUUUUGCCGGUCUCGCCAUUAGGUCAGGGUCUGGAAUUCAAUAUGCCUCUGUCAACGCCGCUGGCUCUCAAUUCUGGCUCCAAAAGGACACUGCCACCUACUGUCCCGAAAUCUCCGGUCUUGUCUGCCCCAACACCACCACCACCCAAUUCCUCGGCGGCGAGAACACUUUGGCCCUCGACACCACAGUCCCGGGAGGCCAGCAGGUAUACGUUGCUGCUGAUGGUCGUUUGUCUUUUACUGUCGCUCACUCUGCAUCUACUGGUGAGGGAGCCUCAGUUACUGGUUUCAGCAUUGCUCAGGAGGGUCAGCAUGUCCAGUUCAACGGCGAUGACUUCCUUGCUUGCCCUGUUGAUGACGCUUAUGCUGUUUUCGCCGCCGCUGCUGUCAAGGAUGCCGCUGAGGAUUGUGUUGGCUUUGCUUUCAGAGUCGCCGAGUCUUCUGCUCCUGCUGCUUGGCAAUACUCUUAAGUCUCUUCGCUUUCCGCUUUCUUCGCAUCUCAGCAUCAUCAAUGCUCCCGGAGAGUUUGAAUUGGCAUUUCCUCAGCAUUGUUCAGGAUAAUUGUUACCCUGUCUUCAUUUUUGGCAUAGCAAGCGUUUCUUCGCAUACAUUCGUUUUUCCACACCCGCAUGAUAUCUUGCUUUUUUUGUUUCUAGCAUAACAA